UUCCUCUUUGAGAGAAGCCAACCAAUAUGGAACGAAACAUUGGAUAAGUUAAGCAAAGCACCUCACGAAGAUGUUUUUGGAAAGUUGAAGAUCAGUUAUGAUGCCUUAACUUUCGAGCAACAACAAAUUUUCCUCGAUAUUGCAUGCUUUUUCAUUGGUGAGCAUAUGAUGUAGGCAAUUUACAUGUGGAAAGAUUGUGAUUUUUUCCCGGAUACAGGACUUGAUGUCCUUGUUAGCAUGUCGUUGGUAAAGAUUGUGGAAAAUGCAUCUUGGAUGCAUGAUCAACUCAGAGAUCUUGGAAGGGAAAUAGUUCGUCAAGAAAAUCCAGUAAAUCCUGGAGAGCGGAGUAGGAUAUGGAUUCACGAGGAGGUCCUAGAUGCAAUAAGAACAAAGGAGAUGAAGAAGAACGUUCAAGCACUGGAUCUUUAUCUAGGCGAUAAACCUAUGGUCGCUAUUAAAAGCGAAGAGAUUGCAAGAUUUGAACGUCUAAGGUACCUCAAAUUGGAUUCGGGAACCUUCAGUGGUAACUUAGCGAAUAGUCUUACCAAUUUAAGGUGGAUUGUUUGGAGAAAUCCUCCUCACUUGUUUUUUAAGCCAGCCAAUAUUUGCUUAAAAAAUGUGGUCGUUCUUGAAUAUUCAAACGGUGCCUGCAUAGGUAAUUCGAAGCUACAGAGCUUAGUCAAGAUGGCAGGAAAAUUGAAAGUUCUUUCUCUUAAAGGGUGUCGCAACAUAAACAGAAUGCCAGACUUCUCCGGAUGCCCAAAUUUAGAGAGGCUUAUAAUUGAAUCAUGUGAUAAUUUGAGGAAAAUUGGUGGCUCUAUUGGGAAGUUGGAGUCUUUGAUUGAUCUGAAGAUUAGGUAUUGCCAUUCUCUUGAAGAUUUGCCUAAAGAGAUCGAGAACCUUGUGAAUUUGAAACACUUCUCUGUUGAAGGUUUUCCACUUACUCGACUCCCAGCUUCCGUAUGGAAGUUGAAAUCAUUACGGGAGUUGCACUUUGACAUUAGAGUAAAUUCACGGGAGUUACCUAGUCCUAUAAUGCUUCAGAAUCUAGAAGUGCUUCGAAUUUGUAGUUCAGGUUUAGAAGGUCGACUUCCUUCAGCAAUAGGAAGUUUGCCUAAUUUAAGAAUCCUAUGCUUGGGGGACACUUGCAUCAGUGAAGUUCCAGAGACAAUAAAUCUGCUUCCUUGCCUGCAAACUCUCGAGUUGAUGGCAUGUGAUGAGAUUCAAGAACUACCAACACUUCCUACAAGUUUGAAGAAUCUAAAAGUGUCAUCCAAUUCGUUACGGGUGGUCCCAGACCUUUCAAAUUUGACUAAUUUGGUUAUGUUGUACUUAUCUCGAUAA